ACUUGGGGCCAAAGUCUUUCAAGGUUUUUUCUGGCUUCGGUCCACUGGGAAUUCUCCUGUGUUCCACCCCAUUUGCUGGUGGAGUGCCCCAACACCGCUUUGUCAAAUUUAAUUCUGUCAAAAUCCCAGUCGUCUCAAUUCCCACACCUGUGUAAGUUCUGUUCUUCCGGCAUCUCCAGAGGACUGUGCAUUGCCCUGUGCUCUGCAUUGCCAGGUGGGCUCUUAGCCACCUCCUCUGGAACAUACACAGGCCACUUACAGGCAACACUUGGGUGAGCGCGGUGACGUGGGGCGCCUCACUGAAGCCCACGGCUGUGUCAAGAUGACUGACAGUACCUUCUUGUUCAAGGGGAUUCCAAUGCAGGCUGAUUUCGUUAGUGUGGAAUCUCUGUUGUUUGCUCAGAAUUUUUUGGUGAAAGAUGAUGAUGUCAUCAUAGUGAGCUACCCUAGAUCAGGAACACACUGGAUGAUUGAGAUAGUCAGUCUGAUAGUCUCCAAAGGGAACCCUACUUGGGUCCAAACUGUCAAAAAUUAUGCCAGGUGUCCAGGGCUCGAUUCUAAAGAUUGGCAGAAACUAUUGCUGGACCAGGAUGGACCACGUCUCAUGGCUACACAUCUGCCCAUACAACUGUUUCCCAAGUCUUACUUCACAUCCAAGGCUAAGAUUAUUUAUGUCAUCAGGAAUCCAAAAGAUGUUAUUACAUCUGGUUAUUAUAUAGGAAAACAUUUGUCCCUUUUGAAUAAUCAACAGACUUUUGGAGAAUAUCUUCAUGCAUUUAUCCAAGGUGAUGUGACUUGGGGAUCCUGGUUUGAUCACACCAUUGGAUGGCUAACAAGGAGAGACACAGCGAACUUCCUCCUCAUGUCCUAUGAGGAGCUACAGAGGGACCUUAGAGGCAACAUGCAAAAAGUGUGUCAAUUUUUGGGCAAACCUCUGAGUCCAGAACAAUUCGAUUCUGCUGUCCAACACUCAUCCUUCUCAGCCAUGAAAGAGAAUGCAAUGUCCAACAGUAUAAUGCUAAGAAAUCCGGAAGAUGACACGGUCCACAAUAUACCAUUGCUGAGAAAGGGCACUUGUGGCGACUGGAAGAAUGUCUUCACUGUGGCCCAGAGUGAAGCCUUUGACACUGUCUAUCAGGAGAAGAUAUCGAGGCUCGAUCCUGGUCUCUUUCCCUGGUCAGAAUACUGCUGACUGAUUCCCCGCCCUCUCCCAGACAGGGUUCUCAGUGCAGUCCUGGCUGUGCUGGAACUAGCUCUGUAGACAGGCAGGCCUUGAACUCAAAGAUCUCCCUGUCUCUGCUUCCUAUGUGCUGGGAUUAAAGGACUGCAUCUCCACAGCCUGAUUGUCUGUUUGGAAGACUGUAAAUAAACCUUUCAAGAACUCUGA